AUGGUUAUCACCGACUUUUUUUCCGACGUCUGGGAGACCUUCUCCCACCCGUCGCCCGACGCCGAGGCGCCCAAGGGUGGUGCCUCGACCAAUACCCCGUCGUCCGGCACCGACGAGGAGUCGCAGGAGGAGGCAGAUGUGAACAAAGCUGAUGCCGCCGAGGGAGGGGAUGAGGAUUCUGGACACAGGCCUAGCGGUGGAGACGAUGAGGAAGAGGAAGAAGAGGAGGAGACUGUUGAUCCCAAGGAUGCGCUGGAGGAGGAAUGUGCCGACUCCAAGGAGUGCGCACCAGCAAAGCACCAUUAUGACGAGUGCGUCGAGCGCGUAACUGGCCAGAUCGAUAACGAGGGCAAGGCCAAGGAGGACUGCAUUGAAGAAUUCUUCCACCUCACUCACUGCGCAACUCAAUGUGCCGCCCCCAAGCUCUUCGCUCAGCUCAAGUAAAAGCACCCUCCGCCUCGGCUCAUCCGAUCCUCCGCAAUACCGAAUACCGACGGCCGAGGGCGGAUGCGGGAGAUAUCUGCAUGGGACGACAAUCUGAACGCAGCAUGACUACUGUACAUACCACUGAAGACCUGUUUAGAAUAACGCUGUACUAUUUGUUUUUAUCUCACAUUUACCUGUGACAGUGAGCAAUAAGCAACAUACGCGUUCCAGAAUAUGUACGCUUCCAGUUAGCAUCGAAGGUAUCCUAUAUGCGCC